CCCCACACCUAUAAGCCCCUUAUCUCCUCGCUAACUUUCCCACCACACUUUAGGUGUAACAGGUGCUGACUUGGGCUUGGGUAACUGACAUAGUAUACGAUAUUAUAUAACUUUGUCACGACGCUGUUCUUUGCAAAGCCCUUCCUUUCGUUUGAACUCUAUCUACCGAUAUCCCUCUCCCUCUCACUCCCCUCUUUUCUUUCCUCCUCCCUUCCCGUUCAGCCAAUCCCCCUUUCGUCUCGCUCGUGCCCACCGGCUAUCCUCCAAUAUGUUCGGCCGGGACAAGAAAACCCAGGAUCCGCCGACCCUAGGCCAAGCCCCGGGGCCGGCCAAUAGCCAAGACGACAUCAACAGCCACACAGCCGAGCUCACGCCGGCCGAGACAAACCACGAGUAUCCCACGGGAUUACGCUUUGCCCUUAUCUUGUCGUCUGUGUAUAUCUCCAUCUUCCUCGUCUCGCUCGACCGCCUCAUCGUCACCACCGCUAUCCCCGCCAUCACCAAUGAGUUCGAUUCCCUUCCGGAUGUUGGAUGGUACGGCUCCGCCUAUCUGUUGACCUCGUGUGCCUUCCAACUGCUAUUCGGCAAGCUGUAUCGCUUCUAUCCAAUCCGUGCCGUCUACGCCAUCUCCGUCCUCUUGUUCGAGAUUGGGUCUGCACUGUGUGGUGCCGCCCCGAGCUCCGUCGCCUUCAUUAUCGGCCGCGCAAUCCAGGGUGUCGGCUCAGCAGGCAUCUUCUCCGGUGGCAUCGUUGUCAUUGUAUAUGCCGUGCCCCUACACAGGCGACCGUUCUGGCAAGGAAUGAUUGGCGCUGUCUUUGGCGUUUCCUCUGUUCUUGGGCCUCUCGUCGGUGGCGCAUUCACGUCAAACGUGACUUGGCGCUGGUGCUUCUAUAUUAACCUACCUUUUGGUGGUGUUGCCUUGGCUAUCAUCAUAUUCCUGCUCCGUAUUCCGGCUCGGCCAGAAACCAAUGCGUCCACCAAAACCAAGCUUUCUCAGCUUGAUGCCCCUGGCACGAUCGCUCUCCUGCCCGCUGUCGUCUCCCUUCUCCUUGCUUUACAAUGGGGUGGCCUCACCUAUCCUUGGAAUGACCGCCGUGUCAUAGCUCUACUGACCCUCGGCAUAUUCCUGGGUAUUGUGUUCAUUCUAGUUCAGGCCUUCAUGCCCAAAACAGCAACCAUCCCUCCACGCAUAUUCAAACAGCGGUCUAUCCUAGCCGGAUUCUGGACGACGAUUGUGCUUGGCUCACAGAUGAUGAUUUUUGUCUAUUACCUUCCAAUCUGGUUUCAAGCAAUUCAGGGCGUCUCUGCUGUAAACUCUGGCAUUCGGCUGCUUCCCACUACGCUUUCCAUCGUUGUCGCCUCUAUCUCCAACGGCAUUUUCGUCACCAAAAUUGGUUACUACACUCCAACUAUGAUUGCUGGUACGAUAAUAUGUGCCAUUGGAGGUGGGCUACUAACGACGCUGCAACUGGAUACGGGCAUGCCCAAAUGGAUAGGUUACCAGAUUCUUUACGGGUUCGGUCAAGGCCUUUGCUUCCAAGCUCCAAAUCUCGCGGCACAGACAGUCCUUCCCAAGAAUGAAGUUGCGAUUGGGGCAAGUCUUAUGUUUUUCAGUCAAAUCCUAGGGGGCGCUAUCUUCCUUUCGGUUGGCCAAAACGUGCUCAAUAACCAGCUUUUGCAAAGACUUGCUGGGUUGCCUGGCUUCUCUCCAGCCCUAAUCCAGUCAGGUGGUGCAACAAGUCUAAUCGAUGCGUUCCCUGUCCAAUACCGCCAUGACGUCUUGGUGGCGUACAACGAGUCCCUACGGACUGUAUUUCGGGUCGGUCUUGUUCUGGCAGCGCUUUCUGUGAUUGGGGCCGCCUGUAUGGAGUGGAAGAGCGUAAAGAAGGAGGCACCAGAUACCAAGCCCGCUGAUGUCGAGAAUGGUGUUGCGGAUAUGGCAGAUGCGAUAGACAGCAAGUCAGAUGGCGAGACACUAGCAGCUAGAUCCAUGCACCAAGUCGACGAGAAGCCAGCAAUGCCCUCCAGUGAUGCUACUAAAGAGCCGCAUCGGUCAUCUCACGAACAAUGAACGGUUACGGUUCUCCCCGAUACCACUCAUUAUUACUCGGUAACUAUUAGCAUUUGACAUUGGCAGGCGUUUGGGUUGUUGAAUCUAGUGUAUACCCCAUCUUCAGAUUAGAUACUCCUCUCAACUAGACGAGUUAAGCUACGAUACAAGUACCGCGCAUUUAGCGGAUAUAAUGAAAUAAUUGCGAGCUUCUAUUCUAUAUAUCUGUAUUGACAUUCAAGCCUUUUUGUUUAUUUAGCAUUUUAUAGGUUGAGUUUUUUACCUCUAUAUAUAGUUAGUAUUAAAUAAAAAGGGCUUUGAGCCACGAUGGAAAAUA